GCUGCCGCCGGGCCCCGGCCCCGCAUCGGCGCCGCGAUGGACCCCUGCUCUUCGCUCUUCAGCUACGUGUUAAUGCACUUGUUCGUCCUCUGCCUGCAAGCCCAGGUAACUGUUCAGUCCCCACCUAAUUUUACACAGCAUGUGAGGGAGCAGAGCCUGGUGACAGAUCAGCUCAGCCGGCGGCUUGUCCGUACCUACCAGCUGUACAGCCGGACCAGCGGGAAACAUGUGCAGAUCUUGGACAACAAGAAAAUCAAUGCGAUGGCAGAGGAUGGGGAUGUGCACGCCAAGCUCAUCGUGGAGACAGACACCUUUGGGAGCCGCGUGCGCAUCAAGGGGGCAGCCACAGGUUUCUACAUCUGCAUGAACAAGAAGGGGAAGCUGAUUGGCAAGAGCAAUGGCAAAGGCAAGGACUGCGUGUUCACGGAGAUCGUGCUGGAGAACAACUACACGGCGCUGCAGAACGCCAAGUACGAGGGCUGGUACAUGGCCUUCACCCGCAAGGGCCGCCCGCGCAAGGGCUCCAAGACCCGGCAGCACCAGCGCGAGGUGCAUUUCAUGAAGAGGCUUCCCAAGGGCCACCAGACCACCGAGCCCCACAGACGCUUUGAGUUCCUCAACUACCCCUUCAACAGGAGGAGUAAAAGGACUAGAAACUCCAGAGCGGGCCCUUGAUAUGCCUGCCCCUGCCCCCUCUGCCUGCAUCUCUCCUGGAGGAUGCUCCUCUGAGCUUCGUGGACUAUAUGUAGAGACUUUCCCAUAUGGGCAUUAAACAAAAAAAGAAAAAAAAAAGAAAAAAAAAGGGAGGGGGGAGGAUAAAAAAAACCUUACCUACUCUAGUUGUUGGUACUUUGGGGGGGGAUGUUUGGUUUUUACAAAAAAACAAAAAAAAAAAAGAGGAAAAAAAUGAGAGAGGCUCUAUUUUUGUACUCCAGCUUUAAAAGUAAUGAAACAUUCAAAGACUGGUGAAGGGAGAAGAGCCCUUCACUUAGAAAUGUUCUAGUCUGUUUGGGGUUGCGCUUUAUUUUGUAAUUUUUUUUUUGUAGCUCUAGGGGGAAAAGAGUUAAAAAAAUCAUGUUUAAAACAAACAAGCAAAAUCUGGAAGCAAUGUGCUACUUAAAUGAACUGAACUAAUGCUAUGCUUGCUGGAGAAGAUGGAGAGGCUGGAAAAUAGCUAAGAGGAGGGGAUUUAUUUUGGAGGUGGUUGGAGGCCUCCUAGGUGGUUUUGGCAGCCUGGGUGAUGUGGGGACACUGCCAAUGCGGGCUGACUGUGACGCCUGGGGUGAGGACCACUGGAUGCUUUCUUUCCUCGGAUGUGCUACUUCUUUGGCUGAGCAAGGGGUUGCUGGAAGUCGCAUCCUUCUGAGAAUGCUGCUGGCUUCACAACUCUCAACUUACUUUUUUUCUCAGGAGGGGACAGGGGUGAUGGAUUCCCCAGAGAAAGUCCUGAACUGACUUGGUACCUCUUAGCCAUGGGAGCAUCUUUGGCAUUUGGUUUGUUUUAAAGUACUAAGGUACAGCUGCUGUGGAGUGGGCUGAUAACCGGAAUUAUUUUUUUCCCCAUGUGGAAAAUGUGAACUUCUCACCAAAAACUGGUAUUUUUUUUCCUGUCUAUAUUUUUUUUAUGAGAUGCAAAUUUUCAUCCAUAAAAUUAAACAAAGUUUACAAAUUAUUGUGGAGCCAUUUCAGGCUGUUUUGUUGUGAUAUUCAGUAUCUUGUCAUAAUAGUUGGUGCUUCCAACAGUCUCUUCUAGGUUUCUUCUUUGAUGAGAAACACUGCUGCCCUUGCUCCCCUAGGAAAGGAAAGGGUUACUUUCAAAAUUUGUGUUGACAGAAGCCAAAUUUUAUAUUUAGAAGAGAAAAAAACAACAAAGGAAACAUUAAAUCUCUUGAGUGAACAUCCUCAGCCAGCCCUGCUCUGCACAUGCUGCCCUGGGACUGUGACUCUCUCCAAAGGGUUAAACCAAUUAUUCUUCAUGGGGAGGGCAAACAAAGACACUGGAUAGGAGCCAGAACCAGGGUGACUUUUCAUCCAAUCUUUUUUUGAUUGUUUGAGGUUUUUCCUGUUUCCUUGAGGAUUUUCGUUUUGUUUCGGUUGUGUACAAAUUGAAUAUGAAAUGAUUGAAAUAUUUAUUUAAUAUGUGCAUUAAAAGUUUGUAUUAGUCUAA